GAAAUACGGGAAAUUAGGAGACACCUUUUCUUCUUCUCCCAACCCCCAAAAAUCCCAUCUUUAUCCCCACAGCUUCUCCCCCUCCCCAUCCAAAUCCAGCGCCAUGGGUACCACUUCCUCUACCGUCUUCCUCCUCCUCCUCCUGGCCCUGGCCUCCACCGCCACCGUCUCCGCCGCCGGCAUGUCCAUCAUGAGCUACGGCGAGAGGAGCGAGGAGGAGGUCCGCGGUCUCUACCAGGCCUGGAAAGCGCGGCGCGCGCGGUCCUACAACGCGCUUGACGAGGACGAGCGGCGCUUCGAGAUCUUCCGCGACAACCUCCGCUACAUCGACCAGCACAACGCCGCCGCCGAUGCCGGAGAGUACUCCUUCCGCCUCGGCCUCACCCGCUUCGCGGAUCUCACCAACGAGGAGUACCGCUCCACCUACCUCGGCGUCCGGACCGCCGGCUCCCGCCGCAGCCGGAACUCCACCGUCGACAGCAACCGGUACCGGUUCCGCUCCGGCGACGACCUGCCGGACUCCAUCGAUUGGAGGGACAAGGGCGCGGUCGCGGAGGUCAAAGACCAGGGCAGUUGCGGGAGCUGCUGGGCUUUCUCGACGGUUGCAGCGGUGGAGGGGAUCAACCAGAUCGUGACCGGUGAUCUGAUAUCGCUGUCGGAGCAAGAGCUGGUCGACUGCGACACCUACUAUAACCAGGGCUGCAAUGGCGGGCUCAUGGAUUACGCCUUCGAGUUCAUCAUCAACAACGGUGGGAUUGAUACCGAAGAGGACUACCCUUAUACCGGCCAGGAUGAUACAUGCGACCAGUACAGGAAGAACGCGCAUGUUGUUACGAUCGAUUCAUACGAGGAUGUUCCGAUUAAUGAUGAGCAAUCUCUGCAGAAAGCAGUAGCAAACCAACCUGUUAGUGUCGCUAUUGAAGCUGGUGGCAGGGCAUUCCAACUUUAUCAAUCCGGAAUAUUCACCGGAUACUGUGGGACUGAGCUGGAUCAUGGUGUAACUGCGGUAGGCUAUGGCAGUGAGAAUGGCCAGGGCUACUGGAUCGUGAAGAACUCAUGGGGCUCGGAGUGGGGAGAGUCUGGGUACAUCAGGAUGGAGCGCAAUGUUAAUGCAGCCACAGGCAAGUGUGGUAUUGCAAUGGAGGCAUCAUAUCCCAUAAAGAAGGGCCAGAACCCACCCAAUCCUGGUCCAUCACCUCCUUCCCCUGUGAAGCCUCCGACUGUUUGCGAUAACUACUAUUCCUGUCCGGAGAGCACGACAUGCUGCUGUGUCUAUGAAUUUGGCAACUACUGCUUUGCAUGGGGAUGCUGCCCGCUUGAGGGUGCGACCUGCUGCGAAGACCACUAUAGCUGCUGCCCUCAGGACUAUCCCAUUUGCAAUGUUCAGGAAGGAACUUGCCUAGUGAGCAAGAACAACCCACUGGGAGUCAAGGCCAUGAAACGCACUCCUGCAAAGCCAUAUUGGGCUUACUCUGGCGCUGAAGGCAAGUGGAGCAGCGCUUGAGAAGUGCAUUGGUUUAGCAGUGCUUGAGAUGUGCAUUUGUUUAUUGUGCACGUACAAGCAUGAAAGUGAUGGAAUUGGUGCUCAGCACUCGUAAGCUCGUCCCGAAUUAAAGAUAGCUGUUCCUGGCCUAUUUGAUGAUAAUCAUAAGCUCUUGUAGAUAUAUCUGUCAGUUGUCGGAUUAAUUAAAGGACAUUUUUAUAAUAGUUUGCUUUUGUAAUCGUGUAGAUUAAUUCAACUGGAUUCACAUGUAGUUUUAAUUGGUUAUAUUGUUUCCGAUCAUCCUCUUUAUGUUAUUUAUAGCAUUCUAUAGCAUCUAAUAAGAGCAAAUUUAGCUCUCU